CGUUCAGUCCAUCGUUGGCCCUCACUGGUUCAGGUUGCACUGGCAGUGGCUCGAACACGGACAAUACGUGCGCCCCGUCCCGGGUCCAGGAGGGAAGGCAGUCCCGCCGUAUAAAACCAGAAACCGUUUGGCCAUUAGGUAACAUUCUGUUGUGUAACCUCGUUCGGAUAGCAUUGAUCUUGAACGCCUCAUCCGAGAGCACACUGUCCAGUGGCCGUUGAGCAUCUCACCAGGCCAGGGAAUCUUUCCAGGAGUACGAACAACGCGAUACUGUUGAUUGAAGAAUAGUUGUGCGGAAUAGUGGAAAAACAAGCGUGGCAAAGUUAAAAUCCACUGACGAGUAGAGACUAGUAACGAAAAGUGGAAGUGCACUGUUUCGGUUUUUCAUUCGUAAUUCCUAACAUAUUUUUAAGUGCUUGAACGUGUUGCAAUCGUGGAUGUAACAAAAAGUGAGCGUUGUUUCUUUUCAGUUUGUUAAUCGCGAAUCGUUCGAAAACCGUUAAGUAAACAAAUCGAUCCGUUCGUAGAUAGUGGUUAACGCCAACGACGUGGAAACUAUGAGAGUUUUAUUAACAUAUUGGCUGAUAGCGAUAUGUGUGUGUUUAAUUAGUGCACUGCCAAAGCAGCGAUUGUCGGCUCUCGAUGGCGCCGGCGAUCGCAACUUGGUUGGCCUCUCGACCAACGUCAUCACGACCAGUUUACUGAAGGGAAGCAUCGAUUCUAACACGAAUCAGGUGUUCUCCCCGAUCGGAUUCUCUUCGAUCCUGGCCAUGAUCAGCGAAGGCACGGAAGGUCAGGCACUGCAGGAGUACUACGAUGUGUUCAAGUUCCCGAAUGAUCGGGCUGCAAUACGUCUUGCAUUCGACCAGUCGCUGAAAAGAUUGCACUCACAAAAUCCGUCCAAUGAGCCGCAGUUCAAAAGUUGGUUCUACAUCUACAAGAACAACACGGUAAAGCAGGAUUUUAGAAGUAAACUGCUGAACAACUACUACGUCGAUGUGCGAGAUAUUGAACGCAAUGACUAUAACUUUGAUGAACCGAAAACUUCGGUGGGACCGAUAGAACCUAGUGAUCCUCCAGCAGUGUCUAACCCGGUUGUCCCGUCCAACAAUAACAGCAAAGACAUUGUCGAGUUCGAAGAAUUGAAGAUCAAGUCCGUUCCGGCUGUUAUCGAUAACGUGCGAGCUGAGGUAGAAAUUGCCACCAAGUACGACGUGGUGGAUGAGGAUGAGAAUCCGAAGUUUGACAAAAACAUCGACGAUAAGUUCUACGUGGAACCGACCCAGAUCAAGGAGGAACUUGCCAAGCAGAAGGACGAACAAACCAACGAAGUGUUGGACGGACCGGUGGUGAAACCUAUGGAAGACCGAGUCGAUCAUUUCGUACUGGAUAAACCGAAAAAGAUUGGUCUGUCGCUGAAGAGGUUGGACGACGACGAUGACGAGAUUAUGCAUGCGGUCGAGAGUCAGGUUUCAAGAAGAAGGUUCAACGUAAGACGCUCAUUCCUAUCGGGCGAUAUUGCUUCGGCACUCAGCGGUAACUCGUUGGUUGGCCGAAAGGCGAACACAAAAGACGGAGAGGACGAAUCGAAGAUGCUACUGUUCAACGGACUUUACUACCGCGGAAGCUGGGCUACUCCUUUCCAGAUGAAAUCCGAGCAAGGACGAUUCUCAUUAAAUGGCGAAGAGAAACGAGUGAUGACAAUGAAAACCGAGGGCAUCUUUGGAGUUGGAUCAAGUCAGGAGUUAGACGCUAGGUUCAUUGAGCUGCCAUACAAUAACACCCGAUACACUCUGCUCGUGAUGGUGCCCAACAAACCGGAUGGCGUUAAAGAUCUGAUCAAAAACUUGCACUACAACAGUCUGAGCAGUGCUCAGAAAAGUCUCCAACAGCAGCCGAUUCAAGUCAGUUUACCCAAGUUCCACAUCGACAGUACAAGCCGAGCGGAGAAAGCACUUGCUAAGCUGGGUCUCAUCACCAUGUUCACAUCCAAGGCCGAUCUCAGCGGAAUUACGGACGAACAGAAGAUUCACGUUGACGAACUGGUACAGCAUGUGUCCAUACGGGUUGAUGAAGGUGCCAGCAGUGAGUUGUCUCUGUCCGCUAGCGAUGCUGUCGAAUCGAAGGCUACACCCGAGGAUCAGGAAACGCUGGAGGAAUUCGUAGUCGAUCGGCCAUUCGUGUUCUUCGUGCGUGAUACUGUAGACGAUUUGGUGAUCGUUGCUGGCAAAAUUACCGACGUCCCACAAGCGGCAGAGUGAAGAACUGUUCGCAGUCAGCACUCUUGCGUUAGGCUAGUGAAAGUUUAUAAUUAACGUUUUAGUUAAGCCGGUAUCCCACUUUCUUGAGUGCACUUGAAAUUGCAUUCAUCAGCAUUUUCAUGGUAGCCAUUAGCUAGAAACUCAACUCCACAAAAUUCCUACCCAAAACUCCUUCACACAGAUAAAGCUUGCUUAAAGGAACACAACUUCGCACAGCUAAAUGCACUUAUUUUCACGAAACCAAAAUUAUGCUUUUUUCUCAGCAGUGUUUAUCGUUAUCGAACAGCGCAGGCAAAUAAUUCAACUAAAGGAAACUUGGAAUCGCUCCGUCGAGGAAAGAACAAUCGAAAAUUGAAAUUUCCCAUCUUGUGCAAAAAAGAAUCAUAAGAUAGGGAUAAUUUGUACAGAACAACAAACGAUUUCCGGUGCGGGCAUCUCGUGAGUUCUUGAAGCCGCCUACCAGAAUCGGUUAAAAAUUCGCCGCUGGUUAAUGAUCACCGAGAAAAAAAUGAAAAUUACGUUCGCUAAUACGUUGCUAAUCAGAAGAACUUAAUUCAUAAAACCAAUCCAGUAUUGGAAAAUGUCGGAAAAUACCUUCAAUAACGACUAGAAAGAAGUACGUAUCAACAACGAAGACGGCAAUUAAUCUUUCCAAAAUAUGGUCCAGUUAUUUUGGAAUUGCAUUGAAAUGACAAGAACCUCGAGAGUCCGCCAUAGCAACACAUAGUAGGCCUAUCACAAAUCAGCUGACGAUACGUUUCUACGAGCACUGUUGAAGGAAGUCAUGCACACACACAUAUCCGAUGAAUGCAGUUUCGAACUCAGACUACUGUUUACUUAUGUACUACUAAAUGAACAAAUAGGAUUAGAUUAUUUAUGUAAAAUCUUAAUUUAUUUUUUAAUAUCGGAAAAAUAAAUUUAUUUUUUUAAUUUUCAA